AUGGCGAAAGUAGAUGGAGUUGUGUACAAGAUAACGGAGGCGCAGGCGAACUGCUUUAAGACUGCAUUUGGCAUUUUCGAUUCAGAUGGAGACGGCUUCGUCACUCGCGAGGAAUUUGUUAAACUUUACCGCUCCGUGGGGCAGUCACCCUCUGAGGCAACUUUGAAGGAGCUAGUCGAAAAGUUUGACCCGGAGAAUACAGGGAAAUUCGACAUUCAUACAUUCUUGCACAUCUGCGAGUCCCCAUACUUCGCUGACCCAAUGAAGGAAGAAAGGCUGGUUGAAUGCUUUCGCAUGUUUGAUGACGAUGCCAUCGGGAAGAUAAGUAUUCCGGAGCUGAGAUACGUACUCCAACAAAUCGGGGAACCGUUGACAGACGACGAAGCUGACAAGUUUAUUGAAUGGGCGAUGAAGGUGCCUGAUGCGAUUUCGGAUGGAGGAAUGCUUAACUACGAUAUUCUCGCACGGGAGCUUAUGAACAGGGACCCCGAUGUCUUAUAA